AUGGCUAUCGAUGAUGAAGCGGCCGUUUCUACCCUAUCCUUUAGCGCUAAACAUACCCUCUCAUCCCUCACCAACGCGGCAGCCCUAUCGGAGUUCGAUGCAUUAGUCCGCCGCGGCCUCGUCGUCUACUCUCCCUCCAAGAUCGUGCGCCUCCAAGUUGACAACUUUCACUUCGAAUUCCGAAUCAGCCAGUCUCUCACCAACAAACCCCAGUCAGGCGAGGGACUGAAACCGCCCAACGAAAGCAGAAACAACAACAGCAGCAACAAAACCAGCAACAGCAGCAGCAACAACAACAACAAUGACAGCAGCAACAAUGAUAAUAACGAUACUACGUCCAGCCCAGCAACCUUCGGCCCCGGCAGCGACCUCGCCUGCCCCACGCCUGACCUCAUUAUCGCCACCAUCCACACGACCCACAUCUUCGUCCCGAACGGCUACAGCGUCUUCCGGCCACAGUUCCUCCUCCUCACCCAGGACUCGUACCGGCGCCAGCACGAGAUAUUGGAUCGAGAGGACCUCGAAGCCGCGUGCGCCGUCCUCUGUGCGCUGGGUCAAGACGGUGGUAGGCGCUACUUCGCCAUGUUCAACUGCGGGCGCACUGCGGGCGCCAGUCGGCAGCACAAGCACAUGCAUAUCAUCCCUUGUGCUGGUGACGAAGAAGAAAUAAAUCAAAUCAUCGAGCUGCCUACCGUAGGGAAGAGUGUAAAUGGCGGCAACAAGACACCGGGAUCAACCAUCCUCCCGAAUAAUCCCGCCCCAAGAUCCAGCGACAUCCCCUUUGCGCAUUUCCGCGUUCCGUUGUCCCCCUCCAGCUUUCAGGACCGGGCAUACUCUGAGAGUGUGUUGGACGCAUACGUCGGGCUUCUGGCGGAGAUGCGAUCCGCGUUGGGCGAUGGAGGCGAAGGCGAUGGGGAGGGGAAUAUCCCGCAUAAUGUGAUUCUGGUCGAGGAUUGGAUCAUGGUGAUCCCCCGGUCGAAGGAUCGGCACCGGCCGGAUAUCGCGGUCAACGGGGCGGGGAUGGUGGGGUCGGUGUGGCUGGAUCGUGAGGAGAUCCUAUCGCGCUGGUUGGAGAUUGGGCCGGCGGAGGUCUUGCGCGGAGUGGGCUAUCCUCCGUUGACUUAGGUUAGGUUGGCUCCCCUAGCGAGUACGUACCUGGAACGGCUGCGGCGGUAGACGACUUAGGACAGAGGGGACUCGCUUAUCCUGCAGUGACUGGGGUAGAUGGACCCAAGUCUGAUCAGUGGAUCUCCCCUGGAAAUCCGAAUUCCGGCAAAGCGUGGGAUACGAAAAUUCGAUUCAGUUCUUGGUGUGGGAAAU